AUGGCUGAUACCAACGAGGCCACCAACAAGCAAUUGUUGGAGCUCAUGCAACCUAUGAGAGAAGAUAUCUCGAGAAACAAGGAGCAGACGGAUGCGCGGUUGGAGUCAAUAGUGAGCAGACCACCUUUUCCUCGCCUUGAACAAACACCACCCAGAGAUUCUUUACCUUACCCUUUAAAUACUCAGUUCAUCCCCGGGACCACCCCCGGGGGAUACGAUGCUUCUACCUCAAGAAGUAAAGAUCCUGCUACAGAAAAAAUUCAGCAAAAUGCCAAUAGGGAUGCUCCUGUAGAUUUGACCAACUCUCCGAGAAGCAGACCUCCACAGGCACCGCGUUUUCCUGCUGCUCCUUUCCCUGGACCCACGAUAGCUUCUGUUGCUCAGGCAGUUAUGGCCAAGCAGAUUAUCGAGUUGAGAGGAGAUAUCGAUAAAUUGACUAAAGCACCUCCUACUUUGGCCAAAAUUAAUGCUAACUGCUAUAUGGGAUCGCCGUUUGUUGACAAUAUAUAUCAAAUGGAUUUGCCGCACAAGUUUAGUGUGCCAAGUAUGAAGUUAUACAAUGGGACUGACGACCCAGAAGACCACGUGGCCCACUACAAACUAAAGAUGGGCGCGAUCGCCAUACCAUACGGGAUACAUGAGACCUGUAUGUGCAAGGGAUUCGGGUCAACUCUUACUGGUCCCGCUCUGCGUUGGUACAUAAAUUUACCCAAUGGCAGUAUCGCUUUUUUCGAGAAGCUAAUCGAGACGUUCAUGGUACAGUUCUCGAGCAAUCGAAAGAUUCAUAAGUGCUCCGAUGACUUAUAUCGACUGCCACAGCGUGUGGGGGAAUCCCUUCAUGAUUUCCUCUCUCGGUUUAAUAAGGAGAAGGUGUCUAUACCUUAUUGUGAUCCAGGGACUGCCAUUCAAGCACUUCGAAGUUGUUUACUCCCAGAUGGGGAGUUUUAUGAAGAACUUACAAAGUGCGACGUGAGGAGUUAUGAAGAAGCUCUAAUCAAAGCCACCGUGUUUAUUCGGUGGGAGGAGGACGCGAGGAGAAAACCAUCUAAUCCUCCUAAGGAAGAAAAGCAUGAAGAUAAACGUCCUAGGAAGGAGCCAUCCACCGUUGGCGAACCUAGCGGUAAUUGGCGCUCCCGCAAGACCGGAGCAUCAGAUUAUGCCAAAAACUAUCCAGAGUAUCCUCUUAGGAUACACCAAGUCGAAGCUGUUCAGGUCUUGAAGAAGAUGGGCAGUGAGGUGAAGUGGUCGCCCAAGAAAGAGAUUGAAGGGUGGAAAGACCCCAAAAAGUGGUGUGAUUUUCAUCAAGAUAUCGGCCACACCACUCGCUAUUGCAAAGGCCUUAGGUAUGAAGUGGAUUACCUGCUGAAAAAAGGUAAUCUCAGGGAGAUACUCUCUGAGCGCGGUAGGGCUAUCUGGGAAAAGAGGAAAGUUGAUGACCCAGAAGCAUUACCACCGCCACCACCAGUUACUCAAACCUAUUGUGCGAUCUCCGGGGGAUCAGAGAUAAGUGGACUGUCCCACACCUCUGCCAAAAAACACGAGAAGGAAGCAGCUAAUCCAGCUGCUAAAAUGGCACGGACUGUAGGAACUUUCACCAACCAAGUGAUGGUCUUUGCUGAUGAUGAAGCUUCUCAACUUCUACAUCCGCACCAUGAUGCCUUAGUGCUGACACUUCAGGUUGCAAAUAUUAAGCUGAAGCAAGUUUUGAUUGACAACAGAAGCUCGGCCAACAUACUAUUCUUGGAUGCUUACAAAGGAAUGGGGCUGGAUGAGAUUUUGAUAUUACGGAAGUCGACAACACUCAUUGGGUUCAAUGGUGAGGUGAGCCAUUCCCUAGGAGAAGUCAUGCUACCAAUUUAUGCCCCAGGAUUGAACAAGCAGACUCGGUUUUCCAUUGUCGAUUCGCCUUCUGCUUAUAACGCCAUCCUCGGACGCCCUUGGUUGCACGCCAUAAGGGCCGUACCCUCAACUUAUCACCAAGUCUUACGCUACCCUACCAAUGGUGGUGUUAAAGAAAUCUUGGGUGAUCAACACUCUUCUAGGAGUUGUUAUAAAACCACUAUGAGGAGCAAAAAUGAGUCUUCAUAG